AUGGCGGAUCCGGAAGGAGAGUCACUGGAGUCAUGGCUGAACAAAGCCACAAAUCCAUCCAACAGACAAGAGGAGUGGGAGUACAUCAUUGGGUUCUGUGAUCAAAUCAAUAAGGAACUUGAGGGCCCACAGAUAUCUGUCCGGUUAUUAGCACAUAAAAUCCAGUCACCACAAGAAUGGGAGUCAUUACAAGCACUAACGGUUUUGGAAGCUUGCAUGAAGAACUGUGGGGGAAGGUUUCAUAAUGAAGUUGGAAAAUUUCGAUUUUUAAAUGAACUCAUAAAAUUAGUUUCACCUAAGUAUUUGGGAGACAGAGUAUCUGAAAGAGUGAAGACUAAAGUAAUAGAGCUGCUCUACAACUGCUCAGUUGCUUUACCAGAUGAGGCAAAAAUCGCAGAAGCCUAUCACAUGCUAAAGAAGCAAGGCAUUGUAACAAAAGACCCAGAAGUUCAUGUGGAUAGGACCCUUAUUCCUUCGCCAAAGACCAAAAAUCCAGUGUUUGACAAUGAAGAAAAGAGUAAGCGUCUUGCAGAACUUCUUAAGAGUAAGAAACCAGAGGAUCUUCAAGAAGCCAACCGCAUCAUCAAGAACAUGGUCAAAGAGGAUGAGGCUUUACAGCAAAAAGUUUCCAAUCGUGUCAGCACCCUAGAGAAGGUGAACAACAGUGUGAAGCUCCUUAAUGAGAUGCUAAGCCAUUUCAAAACGGAUGAGUCAACACAAGAAGACAAAGAACUUUUAAAGGACCUUUAUAAUGACUGUGACAACCUUAGAACUGCUGUCUUCAGACUCGCCACCGAGACAGAGGAUGAUGACAGUGCCUUAGGUGAUAUUUUGCACGCUAGUGAUGAUCUCUCACGAGUAAUCAACUCCUAUAAGAAGAUUGUUGAAGGACAGACCAUUGUGAUUGACGUACCAGCAUCAACACCCUCAGGAUGUAUCAAUGACAGAAGCUCUUCUGAGAUCUUGAUUGAUUUAGCAGAUUUGGGAUCAGGAACUCCUUCACCCCUCCGCCAUGGCUUGACUCCACCUCAGCACUCAGAUUCUCCAGCAGCUGACCUUCUCACUCUUACGUCUUUAAUGGGAGCUCAACCUUCCUCUUCCAACACGUCAUCAGGAUCCUCAAGUUUCCAAACCAGUCCUCCAUCAAGCCAGCUUCCCAGCAGUCUGUCUCUUUUAGAUGAAGAACUUGGCUCUUUUGGCCUUGGUAGUCUGGAUUCAAACUCAAGGACAUCUGCAGAAAAGACUACAAAGGAAGCUCAAAGCAAUCAGUGGAUUUCUUCACAAAUUUCAAAUCCAGUGACUGACUUCCUCUGCAGCUCUACUCCCUUAAAUCCUCCUAACUCAGCAGCACCACCUACAUCUAAAACUACCUCAAUAACUGACUUUGAAAACUCUCUCCAACAGAGCUUCAAAGAUCUUGUGCUGCUGGACCUGGACAAGACUAAAAGCCUGUCCAAUUAUUCAAGCUUGAGCAGCAGAGAACUUGCAGCUGGGAAAGAGAACAUCCAUCCAGCAUUAAACACACUGAGUCUGUCUGCUGGAAUUACUCCAUUGCCUUCUGCUGGAAGCUCUGCCAAACCCCAGAGCUUCGCCCCGGACAGCCCUGUCUUCAGAUCCCUUUCUCCUACCCUACCCAGCAGUCAGUCAUCCUCAGGCUCGGACAUCUCCCUAACCAGCGUCUUUGUCCCGCUGGAGGCCAUUAAACCAAGUAAGGAGUGUCCAGUGACGGCUUAUGAUAAGGAUGGUGUUCGCGUGUUGUUGCACUUUGCUACUGACCACCCAACAGGCCGUCCUGAUGUUCUGGUGAUUGUGGUGUCCAUGCUGAACACGGCACCACUGUUAGUCAGGAAUGUAAUGCUACAGGCGGCUGUGCCAAAGUCUAUGAGAGUGAAGCUGCAGCCCCCUUCAGGGACAGAAAUGGCCCCCUUUAACCCCUUCAUGCCCCCCAGUUCCAUCACUCAAAUCAUGCUGCUGGCAAACCCAUUGAAGGAGAAGGUGAGAAUGAGGUACAAGCUGACAUUCAUUCUUGGAGAUCAACCAGUCACAGCAUCUGGAGAAAUAGACCAGUUUCCUCUAGUAGAAAAAUGGUGUCAUUUAUAGCUGUGUAAGCAUUAUUAUUCAUAAAAGGAAAUGAAAAGGCUUACUGUGUGUAAGUGAGUGAAUUUCAGCUAUAUCUCAAGAAUAUUCUAUGUCCAUGAAAGAAUCUUCGAAGCUGGAUCUUACAUUUCUCCAUUCCAGUCUUUCAGUAAUCCCACAGAUAUUUUGUGGAAAUGCAAAGAAAUAAAAUUGUAUAUUUAGGUACAAUGUAAACACCAAUGAUAUGA